UGGCCCGCGUUGAACCCCGGGCUGUUCGGCUCCCGGCGGUGCCGGAAGCCAGUCCCCAAGGCGCUCCGUCGCGGGCCUCCCGGGCGGCCGCGGACAGCCGGACAGAGCCGGGGCGGGAGGCCCUGCCCCGGCGGCGCUGUCCAGACUGCCCGUCACCCUCCACACGGUCCAGCCAGGCAGCGUGGAAUACCAGGGCCGAGGAGGGCGAGGGAUGGGCCGGGGUCCCUGCUGGAGGUGGUUCCCGGCCCAGCGCUGGUUGAGGAGACGGGUCACCACUCAGAGAGCCUGUGCCCACCGCCUCUCGCUCUGCACUGAGCUCAGGCCGAGGCUGAGCCCGCCUCUCUCCCCAGGUCUGGCCCUGUACUGGGCUCCCAGGCUGGGGCGGAGCCUGGUGCCCCCCUCCGUGUGGACGUGAUGCCCAAGCUGCAGGGGUUCGAGUUCUGGAGCCGCACCCUGGGGGGCGCUCGCCAUGUGGUGGCGCCCAUGGUGGAUCAGAGCGAGCUGGCCUGGAGGCUGCUGAGCCGCCGCCAUGGGGCACAGCUCUGCUACACUCCUAUGCUGCAUGCCCAGGUCUUUGUCCGGGACGCCAAUUACCGGAAGGAGAACCUGUACUGUGAAGUGUGUCCUGAGGACAGGCCCCUCAUAGUGCAGUUCUGUGCCAAUGACCCUGAGGUGUUUGUCCAGGCAGCUCUCCUGGCUCAGGAUUACUGUGAUGCAAUUGAUCUGAACUUGGGCUGCCCACAGAUGAUAGCCAAAAGGGUUCUGUUGGCCCAUGAGAAACUCUCAGUUCCAGUCACGUGCAAAAUCCGCGUCUUCCCAGAGAUAGACAAGACUGUGAGGUACGCCCAGAUGCUGGAGAAGGCUGGCUGCCAGCUGCUGACGGUACACGGGCGCACCAAGGAGCAGAAGGGGCCCCUGUCAGGAGCAGCGUCCUGGGAGCACAUUAAGGCUGUGCGGAAGGCUGUGGCUAUCCCAGUAUUUGCCAAUGGGAAUAUCCAGUGCCUGCAGGACGUGGAGCGGUGCAUCCAGGACACAGGCGUGCAGGGGGUCAUGAGUGCAGAGGGCAACCUGCACAACCCUGCACUGUUUGAGGGCCGGAGCCCUGCCGUGUGGGAGCUGGCUGAGGAGUACCUCGACAUUGUGCGGCAGCACCCCUGCCCACUGUCCUGCGUCCGGGCCCACCUCUUCAAGCUUUGGCACCACACGCUACAGGUGCACCAGCAACUUCGAGAGGAGCUCGCCAGAGUGAAGACCCUGGAGGGCAUCGCUGCUGUGAGCCGGGCGCUGAAGCUGCGGUGCCAGGAGGACAUGUCGCGGCAGGAGGAGGGAGCCAGGCCCACUGGUGACCUGCCUUUCUUCCACUGGAUCUGCCAGCCCUGCGUCCGGCCAGGGCCCAAGGAGAGCACCAAGGAAAGCAGUGGUGGCCGUAGCAAGAGGGCCCUGGAGGAAGAGGAGGGUGGCACAGAUGGCCUGUCCAAGAACAAGCAGAAGAAGCAGCUGCGGAACCCCCACAAGACCUUCAACCCAUCUCUGAAACCAAAAUAUGCAAAGUGUGACCAGUGUGGAAACCCAAAGGGCAACAGGUGUGUGUUCAACCUGUGCCGGGGCUGCUGCAAGAAGCGAGCCUUCCGAGAAACAGCAGAUUGCCCAGGUCACGGAUUACUUUUUAAAACCAAAUUAGAGAAGUCUCUGACUUGGAAAGGGACCCAACCUGGGCUGCAGGAGCCUCCACAGACAGGGCCUGGAGCACCAGGUGGCUUCUCUGAGGUUGUGGGCAGUGCCCUGGCCUGAGGAGCCAGCAGGAGCCACCCCCACUCCGGGCCUGCAGCUGAGGCCUGGACACUUCUUAAGGAACUGCCUUUACUCAGGGAAUCUCCUGCUGGUUUACAUAGAAGGACAUGCCGACAUCCUCCCUGGCCCAUACUGGGACCUGGCGAUGCUGCACCCAGGCAGGCCCAGCUUGUGUGUUCAAAAGCGAACAAUAAAUCAUUUCAGAGACACA